UUUUAACGUACAUAAAUGUUGUUAUCUAUAAAACUAAAUGGAAAAUUAAUAUAAUGUAAUUAGAUCAGUCAAAAAAGACAAAUGCAUUUAUAUUUUGUAAUAUACAUAGGCCUACGUCAUUAUUUGCCUCUUUACUUCUCGAAAGAUACAGCUCAUUAAAAAAAAAAACGGAACGCCCAUCACUUUUAAACACUGGUUUGAAUUCAAACUCUGUCCUCUCAUUGGACGAAAGCAAAGGUUUCCGUGUCUCGGAAACGGUGGCUUAAAUGCGACUUUAACGUUAUUUUCUAACCACCGUUAAACACUGAAGAUUAACUUUCCUCUUUUUCACACGCGCUUUGUCUCCAAAGACGAAGAAACUACAGAACAGCUUCGUCUUUCAUCUCCUCUGCUGCUCUAUGUCACGUCCGCAUCGUCGUCCGAGCUCCAGCUGCACGAAGACGGAGUCACGGAGACUCGGCUGCUUUCACCGGGGAAACGAGUUCAUCGUGGCCGCCGUGUAGUGGUGUCACAGCGGUUCACGGUUCUCACGUCAACACCGACACAAACAAAGUGAAAGAAUGCCCCGGAAGCGGGCCGUAGGAAGAAAACGCAGGAAUCAAGCCCGAGCAGAUGAGACGGGAAACGAAGACGCUCUCCUGGCGACAGGAAUGAACUCAAACAAGGCUGCUGCUCUUCCUGAAAUGGCGCAAAAAGGCGUUCAGCUGCGCUCAGAAAACUUCUCUUGUCCGAUCUGUCUGGAGCUUCUGAAGAAUCCAGCGACGACUCCCUGUGGACACAACUUCUGUCUGGACUGUAUCAAGACCUACUGGGAUGGGAGGACGAUCUCCAGCUGUCCUCAGUGUAGAAAGACCUUCACGCAGAGACCUGAACUCAUGAAAAACACCAUGUUAACAGAUUUAGUGGAGGAGCUGAAGAAGACUGAGGUUCACGCUGCUCCUGUCUGUGACUUGUAUGUUGGAGAUGAAGAUGUGGCCUGUGACGUCUGCACUGGCCGCUGGAAACGUAGAGCUGUCAAGUCCUGUUUGGUUUGUUUGGCCUCUUUCUGUGAGGAACAUCUCCAGCCUCAUCAUCAGUCACCUGCACUAAAGAAACACAAGCUGGCUGAGCCCUGUGAGAACCUCCAGCAGAACAUCUGCCCUCAUCAUGACGAGGUGAUGAAGAUGUUCUGUCGCACUGAUCAGCAGUGCAUCUGUUAUCAUUGCUCUCUGGAAGAACAUAAAGACCACGACAUGGUCUCAGCUGCAGCAGCGAGGACGCACAAGCAGAGAGAGCUGGAUCUGAGUCUCCAGAAGAGACUCCAGGACAUAAAGGAACAUGAGAAGGUGCUGGAUCAGGAGGUGAAGAACGUUAAUCUCUCUGCUGACGAAGCAGUGGAGGACAGCGAGAGGACCUUCACUGAGCUGACGAAGCUCCUGCAGAUAAGAAGCUCUGAGGUGACGCAGCAGAUCCGAUACAAGCAGAGAAUUGAAGUGAGACUUAUCAAAGACAAUCAGAGGAAGCUGCAGCGGGAGACCUGGAAGCUGAAGAAUAUGCAAAGGGAUCUGGAGCAGCACUUGCUGAACGAGGAUCACACCCAGUUUCUCCUUGGUGUCCUCCACGCCUUCCCACCGGCGGCGCUCAGUCCAUCCGUAAACCCGCCCACCAUCAACGUCCAAGCUCAUGGAUACUUUGAGGACGUGACGGCAGCUGUGGCAAAGGUCAGAGGUCAACUCCAGGACGUCCUGACUGAGACUCCUGUGGACGUCGUAAUGCCACAACCAGAACCAAAGAGCAGAGCUGAGUUCCUCACACAUUCAAGGAAACUCACACUGGAUCCAAACACAGCUCACGAGUUUCUGAUCUUAUCUAAGAGAAACAGGAAAGUGACUUUAGUGAGAGAGCGUCAGGCUCCGCCUCCUCAUCCACUCAGAUUCUCUCUCAGUUGGCAGGUCCUGAGUAAAGAGAGUCUGAGCGGACGCUGUUACUGGGAGGUUGAGAAGAAGGCGGAGCUGGUUGAUAUCGCAGUGGCAUACAGUGACGUCACUGGUUCUCAUCUUAAUUUUGGAAACAAUGACAGAUCCUGGUCUUUGACUUGUUUUGAGCACAGCUAUGUGUUUAGCCAUGACCAUCAUAAAGAUCAAGUUGGGUUGGGUUCGACCUCCAGAGUGGGAGUUUUCCUGGACCACGUUGAAGGUUUUCUGUCCUUCUACGACGUCUCUGACACCAUGACUCUGAUCCACAGAGUCCACACCACGUUCACUGAGCCUCUCUAUGCUGGACUUGGGUUUCCUCUUAUGUGCCCUGGAAGCACAGCUGAGUUCAUUUAAGCCUGACCCACAAUCCAGACCAGGUUCUCCUCAGUCCAUCUACACACUCGUCCAGCAUCGACCUCCAGCCUCGGAGAUACUGGCAAAGGUCAGAGGUCAACGACAGGAUGUACUGACUGCGACUCGAGUGGAUGUUUACUUUCAUGAGGAUUUAUUAAGUUUUUAUGGCAGUGAGUGGUUUUUUUUCUUUCACCUUACAUACACACCUGUAUUUAAUGUUGAUAUUUGUUCCUUUCGACAAUGUUUAUAAAGUAUUUAGUGAAAGCUAAAAAUGAAUGUACUGCAUCAGAGAUGUUUGUUUAUUGGGCAGCAACGAGUCAUCAAUUUAGUUUUUUUUUACAGAAUUAAUACCAUUACCAUAUACCAUGUCAUUUUUCAGCUUCUUAAUUGUGAAUAUCAUAGUAAUCAUUCAAACUGAUUAAUUGUGUGGACAAAAACAGACGUUUGGAAACUUCAUCCAUCCCAGGUUUGACUCAUUAUCGAGUCGAUAUAGAAUUUAUCGAGACUUAAAGGACUCGUGGAAAAACUGCUCCACACCUUUGACUUCAGUCGAUCGACAGUCGUAUAUACAAUAUAACAACUAUAAUAUGGAAAAUAUCUCUGUCACUGUGCUGUUGGCAGCCAUGUUUGUUUUCACACACACACGGUCAAUAAAAAUGCUGAGAAAUACAAGCUUUUUAAUAUUAGUACUUUAUUCUCAUAAUAUUACAACUUUAUAUACACAUAUCUAUAUAUAUAUAUAUAUAUAUAUAUGCAUACGUGUGUGUAUACAUAUGUGUGUGUGUGUGUGUGUAUGCAUAUAUAUAUAUAUAUGCGGGGGGGUAGAUUAAGGUUCAGUCAGAAGAAGUUUAGAAGACGCUUUUUCUUUUCAACUGUUUCGGUGUUUUUGUGAAGGAACGGGUGAAAUCUGAGCCAUGUACAAACCACAAGAGGGCGCCAUUAUCCUUAAUAAUCCUUCAUCCUUUAUUCAGCAGUGAGCCAACAGUCAAUGUGAAAACAACUCUUUCACUUCAUCACAUAUUUGUGUUAUUUCAGUUCAAACCAUUGUUCAGAUUGAGAUUUGUUACUAAAGCUAAUUAAACGUUCAGUUACAAGAAGAAAACACGUCUGAUGCUGUGAUAUAUUGUGAUUAUAUUUACUGUAAGCUAAAAUAAACUUGCACUCUGCUUUAA